AGCCAGUAUAUACAAUGUAGUAAAAAAAAAAAGGGAAGAGAAGAUCUUUUCGCUGAACUAGGGUUUUGUACAUAUUCUAGGUUGAGCUGAAACUGAUUCUUGCAGUGGUUGAAGUGUUUUUUGUUUGGCUUGUCGAUUGAACUGAUUUGGGUUGGGGCAAGAGAUAAAAUAUGAAUGCGUUCAAGGCUUUUAAAGCAUGUGUUCCGGUUGCAUGGAGCCCUAAUCUUUAUAUAACCUUGGUGAGGGGCAUUCCAGGAACUAGGAGACUCCACAGGCGUACAUUAGAGGCACUGCGCCUCCGAAAGUGCAACCGAACUGUCAUGAGAUGGAACACUCCUACUGUCAGGGGAAUGCUUCAACAGGUAAAAAGAUUAGUUGUUAUUGAGACAGAAGAGAUGUAUAAGGCUCGCAAACUGAAGGAGACCAACCAUCGAGCUCUACGCCCACCUUUGGUCAUAAACCAUGUCCUUCCCCCACCAGCAAAUGAUUCUUCUUAGAAUCCUAUGUUACUCUCAGAGGAUCUGAGAUAUUUGGUCUUGAGUGAACAAGCAUAGGAAAGCACAUGACCUAAAAAGGAGGCAAUUGCUGUGCCCAUUGUUCAUGCUGUCUGUAAGGUGGUGACUUGGGGUUCAUUUGACUCUGUCUACUGUGGAAAUAGAGAUGUAAAUGAACAAAGAAAAGAUGGCUUUAGGAAAUGGAUAUGUUUCAGGCAUUCUGCUGAUUUUGAAAUUUGUAUUCAUCCUUCAUCUGUAAGACUUGGAUCAUGUACUGGCCUACCUGGCAUUUGAACUCCAUAAGUAAGUUUGCUUGAAUAAGAGCAAUUCAGUCGCCUGAUUUGUGCGUCUGUGUGUAGUAGAAUCA